AUUAGUUGUAAAGCCAGAAAUUCAACUCUACUGGUCUAAAAGUACCUUAUAUGAUGACCCCUUUGUACCAAAGCUGAUGUCAAGGGAAAGAUUUGAAAUUCUCUAUAGAUGUCUGCAUUUUGUAGACAACACAGCUCAUCUAAAUUCUCAAGAUAAAUUGUACAAGGUCAGACCACUGAUUGACUUACUGGUUAAUAAUUUUCAGUCUGUGUACAAACCUGGCUCCAAACUUGUUGUUGAUGAAAGCAUGGUGCCAUUCAGAGGGAGAUUAGGCAUCAAACAGUACAUACCAGGUAAAGCUCACAAAUAUGGAAUGAAGGUGUACAAAGCUUGCACACCUGAAGGAUAUACAUGGAAUUUGGAGGUUCAUGUAGGGAAGGGUGAUAAUACUGCUGGCCUAAAUUCAACAGAAUCACGUGUGGUAAACUUAUGUAAUGAAAUGUUAGGUAAAGGAUGCACUAUUUACAGUGAUAAUUAUUACACCUCAGUCAUCCUGGCAGAGUACUUGUUGGUCAAGAAAACUUACAUUUGUGGAACUGUUAGGCCAGGUAGGAAAUAUUUGUGCAAAGAAGUAGUGAAAGCAAAGUUGAAGAAGGGAGAAAUGAAGGCAGCUGAAAACAGACAAGGAGUAAAGUUAUACAAAUGGAAAGAUAAGAGAGAUGUCUUGACACUAUCAACAGUGCCUGAGCAUGGUAAUGGCUUACUUCCAAGUGGAAAGAAGAACAGAAAAGGAGAAGAGAUUAUAAAACCUGAAAGUGUCAUUGAGUACAAUAAGGCAAAAAAAGGUGUUGAUGUUGCUGAUCAACUCAGUUCCUAUUACUCGCCACUACGAAAAUCACGGAAGUGGUACAGGAAGCUGGCUCUGGAAAUGAUUGCUGGGAUUUCAGUAACAAAUGCUCAAAUUCUAUUCAUUAAAUAUUGUUCAGCAAAACAAGUAGGUGUGAGAGCCUUCACAGAGUCUGUAGUUCUGUCUCUCACUAAAAACAUUCAUGAAGAAAUUACAAGAUCAGGGAAGAGGACUUCUGAUAUAUCGGGUGCAAGAAAAGAGCACACUCUUCAGGAAGCAGAUGGACAAAAGAAGAACACAAGGAAGCGAUGCAGAGGAUGCUAUGAAAAGAUAUCACAGAGUGAGGGAUACAAGGUGGCCACAAACAAGGCUAGGAGAGUGUCAACCUUUUGUAAUGAAUGUGAUGGCCAGCCACACCUUUGCAUUCCUUGUUUCAAUGAAAAACAUGAUGCAUAA